UCAGACAAAUUGCUCUUUCGCAUCAGUGUACACAACCUUCGCUGCCACAUUUCCCUCUAGCGUGGCCGGAGAAAUCUUGUCACGUUUUCAGCGGUGAAAUUUGCUUCUGUUCCGCUCCAUCUCCCGGCCAUGUGUCUUUCUAAAAUGGCGGCUAUGGCAGCCAUAGUUUCAGGUGCAAAAACACACUCAAUAUCACCACUUCUAAGAAGGCACCUCUCGUCCCUUUUUCACCCUCUUUCUCCUGCAGCUCCGCUACUAUCGCAACGGCAGAUGUUUCUGGGCGGGGUCAGGAGAACCCAGAUGGCCCAGCAAUUUGUAAGGUUCACCCAUGACGGUAGGCCAAGAGGGUCUCUUUGGAGAGGCAAGAAAAUGAUCGGCAAAGAAGCUCUGUUUGUGAUAUUGGGCUUGAAGAAAUUCAAAGAGGACGAUGAAAAGCUUGAAAAGUUCGUCAAAAAUCACGUCCUGAGGCUUCUGAAGAUGGACAUGGUCGCUGUUCUCAAUGAACUUGAACGCCAGCAAGAGGUCUCUCUAGCAAUCAAGAUAUUUAGGGUGAUUCAGAAGCAAGACUGGUAUAAGCCUGAUGUCUAUCUGUACAAGGAUUUAAUCAUUGCAUUGGCUAGAAGCAGAAAGAUGGAAGAAGCAAUGGAGCUAUGGGAAAGCAUGAGAAAGGAGGACCUGUUUCCUGAUUCUCAGACAUACACUGAAGUCAUUCGAGGUUUCUUGAGAUAUGGAUCUCCUGCUGAUGCAAUGAACAUUUAUGAGGACAUGAAGAAGUCUCCAGAGCCACCAGAAGAAUUGCCUUUCAGGAUUUUGUUGAAAGGGCUGCUGCCGCAUCCCCUCUUGCGGAACAGAGUCAAGCAAGAUUUUGAGGAAAUAUUUCCUGACAGACAUAUUUAUGAUCCUCCUGAAGAGAUAUUUGGACUUCGUUGAGGUUUGUACUUAAACUUCUUUUGGUGCAUUUUUCCUUUGCUUUUAACAGUUUUCACUUGUUUCAUAUAUAGAUGUACAGAUUUGUAUAUUUAAGUAUAUGUAUGAAAAUUUAGCAUAAUGUAUGGAAGCUGUGAAGCUUCUUUUUUUUCACUGUCCUUGAAACAAAUGUCAGAGCUGAAAUCAGAAAUGAGAUGCUUCUCCAGAUGUCCUUGUAACUA